AUGGCAGGUCGGUGUGAGUUUCUGAUGACAUUUGCGCUCGGCGUGGCAGUAUUUUCGACUGGGGUGGGUGCCUGUCCUUCGGGCUGGAAGCAGUGGAACCAAGCAUGCUACGGAUUUUUCCAAGAACCUAUGUCUUGGACGGAAGCCGAUAACUUCUGCCAAGACAGAGGCAGCAGCCUGGUCGUACCUCAUUCUCGGGCUGAGAAUGACUUCGUCUGGCAAAUGGUAGUGAAACGAUCUGCGCCAAGGGUUAUGCCCGAGCGCGGGCUUUGGCUUGGCUGCUACCGUGUGUCUACUGAUGGAGAACUCGUGUGCUCCGGUGGCACUGAGGAACUCAAGUUCUACAACUGGGCACCGGGCCACCCCAAAAUGAAUGGAUACAAACAGUGUGUGAGGUUUCUCAUAAUGGAAGGCAGUUGA